CCCAAUCUUUCAACCGCCACCAUGUCUGAGCGAAAAGUCCUGACAAAGUACUACCCCCCGGACUUCGAUCCGAGCGCGAUCACCCGGGUCCCGAAACACCUGCGCAAGACAGGGCCGAAGGUGAUCACCGUGCGCCUGAUGGCACCGUUCUCGAUGAAAUGCGAGAAGUGCGGCGAAUUCAUCUACAAAGGCCGCAAAUUCAACGCGCGGAAGGAGACCACCUCGGAGAAAUACUUCUCGAUCCCGAUCUACCGGUUCUACAUCCGGUGCACGCGGUGCAGCGGGGAGAUCACGUUCGUAACGGACCCCAAGAACAUGGACUACCGGGCGGAGCGCGGGGCGAAGCGGAACUUCGAGCCGUGGCGCGAUGCCUCCCAACUCCCGAACCACGACGAGACGGAGCAGGAGACGCUGGACCGGCUGGAGCGCGAGGAGGGCGAGGAGGCCGAGCAGGAGGAGCGCGAUAAGAUGGCGGAGCUGGAAGAAAAGAUGCUGGACUCGAAGCGGGAGAUGGCGAUUGCGGACGCGCUGGAUGAGAUUCGGACGCGGAAUGCCCGGAUGGAGCGGACGGAGGCGUUGGGGGAGGAGGGGACCGUUUCGGCAUUGGAGCGCGUGCGCGAGGAGAAGGAUGAGGAGGCGGUGCGCGCGGAGCGCGAGAUUGAGGAGGCUGCCCGGCGCGCGUUUAUGACCGAGUCGGGGGAGAGGGUCAAGCGGUUGGUUGAGGUGGAAGAGGAGCCUGGGGCGAGCGGCAGCGGCAGCAACAGUAUUGGUGGCAGCAACGGCAGCAGCAGCAGCUUCCCUGGUGGCGAGCAGUCUGGGGGGCCUGCGCCGCCGCCUUCCUUUGCCCGCGUCAAGAAGGCUAAGAAGCCCCUGGCAAAUAGCUUGGGGAUCAAGAAGAAGGCCAAGCCAUCGUUGGUCUAGUUCCUUUCUCUUCCUUUCACUUCCACAAGGCGUUUGGUUGCAUUGCUAAGCAUGGGAGGCUUUCUUACUACGAACUCACGAUUACUUGCACAUAGGUCUUUCAAGGCUCAUAAUUCUGCUAUCUCACCUAACUUCUAUUUCGAGCACGCACAUUUUGUAGUAUUUGAUCUCCACAGUCAAUAGAAAACACUGUCUCAAAGGUCUGAAUAUAAAUGU